AUGGAGGCGGGUUGUUUAUUCAAAACAUUGUUAGCCACAAAUUGGAUAUUAUUCUUAUGGGAUCAAUAUAUUACUUGGAGACAAUAUAAGUGAGUUUUUAUUUUCAGAUAAAUCAUUAUUAAAAUGGAAUAUUUUAGAGUUCAUUUGGAGAAUGUGAAACGACCAAAAGAAGUCGAAGAAUUGAUUAGUGAAGAAGAAUACAAAAAAGCGAGAGACUACAAAAUGGAUAAUCAUACUUUUGGAUUUGCUCAUGGAAUUUUUAACCAAAUUUUGUCUACGGUACGAAUUUCGUUUCUUCAAAUGUUAAACGUUUUUGAAAUUUUCAGGUUCAACUUGUUUAUGGAUAUUAUCCUUUAUUAUGGUAUGCAACUGCUGGUUUUCCAUUCCAUUCUUCUGUGUUUUUGGUGACAAAUUCGAUAAUUGAAACUUUCAUUGAUUUACCAUGGGAUCUGUGAGUUCAUUUUUUAUUCGAUCAUUCAUUUCCAAAAUGAAAUGUUGUUCAGAUAUUCGACAUUUGUAAUUGAAGAAACACAUGGUUUCAACAAACAAAAAGUUGGUUUUUAUUUUGUGGAUAAAAUCAAGAAAAUGCUUGUUGGAUUUGUUUUAACAAUGCCGAUUGUUUAUGGAAUUGAAUGGAUUGUUGAAAAUGGCGGUCCAUAUUUCUUUGUUUAUAUUUGGGUGUUCCUUUCAAUUGUUGUUUUAUUACUUAUGACAAUAUAUCCUGCUUUUAUCGCUCCACUUUUCGAUAAAUAUUUUGCACUUCCGGAUGGAGAAUUGAAGACUAAAAUCGAAAAAUUGGCUGCUUCUUUGAAUUAUCCAUUGACAAAGUUAUAUGUGGUAAAUGGUAAGAUUUUUGUGAAAUUUUCCUUGAAUAAAAAGCGAUGAUAAGAUUUCCCAAUAAAAAAUUAAAUUUAAUAGAAAUUAAAAUACGAAAAUUAUCAUAUAGUUUUAAGGAUCAAAAAGAUCGGCUCAUUCAAAUGCUUACAUGUAUGGUUUCUGGAAGAAUAAACGAAUUGUUCUUUAUGAUACUUUAUUGAGUGGAGAAGAAAAAGAAAAAGUAUUGGCACUUUAUAAAGAAUCUGGAGAAACUGUUGAAGAAGAUGAAAAGGAUAAAAAACGAGGAAUGAAUUCGGAUGAAGUUGUUGCUGUUUUAGGACAUGAACUUGGACAUUGGGCAUUAUGGCAUACUGCUAUUAAUUUGAUUAUUAGUGAGUUUUUCUUCAAAAAAGAAAAAGUGAAAAUUUGAUUAUUUCAGCUGAAGCAAAUUUGUUCUUCUCUUUUGCCGUUUUCGCAUAUUUCUACAAAUGGGAACUUCUUUAUCAGGUAAAUAAAUAGUUACAUCUAUUUUUAUAUGGUCCCUUUUUUCUAGGCAUUUGGAUUCCAUGAUACACCAACUGUUAUUGGAAUGAUGCUUGUUUUCCAAUUUGUUUUGGCACUUUAUAAUCAGGUAAAUUAAUUAAUGACAUUUUCGAAAAAUAAUCGAAUUAAUUUUAGAUUGCCAGUUUGGGAAUGGUUGUACAUUCAAGAUCGGCUGAAUUUGGAGCUGAUGAAUUUGCGAAUAAACUUGGAUAUGGUGAUAACUUGAUUGGUGCUCUUACAAAACUCGGAGUUGUGAGUUUGUUUGAAAAACAUUCAAAAUAAUGGGAAAAUUCUAGUAAUAAGGUAUCGGAAAAUGAUGCUUUCGAUACAGAUUUCUGAAAUAUACUAACAAUAAGAAUUAUGAAUAUAUUUUUUCUUGAAAUUUUUAAUCUCCAGAUUAGUCUAGAAUUUUUAUUUUUGCAGCAGAAUUUCUAACGAACGCUCGAAAUUCAAAAUUUUUAAUUUAAAAAGUUCAUGAAAAAAUCUAAUACUUCCAAAUAUUUUGUUCCGAAUAUCAAAUCAAACAAAAAUGUCUCAUUUUUCUAGGAUAAUUUGUCAAUGCCAAUCAAUGAUUCUCUUUAUUCUUGGUGUACUCAUACACAUCCACCAGUUGUUGAAAGAGUUGCAGCUAUUCGUCGACUUCAAGCUAAAUUACAAUAA